AGCAAUGAAAAUGAAGGAACUUCACAUCAGUUUCGUAAAAAUUAAUCUCAGAUCUAGUCAACUGCCGGCUGGAAAGCAACUUUCACAUUUCGAAACGGAAUUUAUGAAAAAACGAAUAUUUCGGCUGCCAUCAGUAAAAUAUAAGUGACAAGGAUAUCAUAGUAUUGAAACAAUCAAAUAAAAACUAUCAUGGGCUACGAUCUAUCUCUGAUCAUUGGCCAUGUGGAUGAGGAGCUUCUUUGCCCCAUUUGCGCCGAUGUGCUGGAGGAGCCGAUGCAGUCGUCCAGCUGUGAGCACGCUUUCUGUCGUUACUGCAUUGAGAAGUGGAUGCAGGAGAAGCAGAUCUGUCCAGUGGAUCGGUCGGAUCUAUUGCCCAUCCACCUAGUGCCCGUAUCCCGGCUGAUGCGCAACAUGCUCGGUCGCCUGAAGAUCAAGUGUAGCUUUGCCGAGAAUGGAUGCACGGCGGUUCUUUCGUUAGAUGAGUUUCGCAAUCAUGUGGCGCAUUGCCAGAACAAUCCCAAGGUGGUGAUCAUGUGCACCAAGGGCUGUGGCAUGAAGGUACCCAAGGAUGAGCUGUCCAAGCACAAUUGCGUAUUCGAGUUGCGGGAACAGCUGAAGGAUCAGAUCACAGAGAUAACCGAGCUGCGAGAUCUGCAGGCACACCAGGAGAGGCGUCUCAGCGAGCAUCGGCGUGAGCUGGAACUUGUUCAAUAUUACAUAUCGGCACUGCGUUCAACCAAUCCCGUAAUACGUAAUGUCGGCGACCAGCUGGACCGCUACUCGCUGAUGCGCUGGGGCCGUGGCCUGCCUCUGGCUUCGGUCCGCACUUGGGGCAGCCUGAUCUCCACUCCGGACACGCCCAUGCACAUGAUGGUGCGUGAGGGAUUGCGGGCCAGCGGAUGUCCCUUGCAUCUGAUCAAUACGUUGAUGGACUGCUGCUAUGAGGACAGCUGGCCAGAGGGAUUGACCACGCUGGAGAUGCGUCGCUUGAAUCUGCAUCGACUGGCGCAGUUUGUAACACGGCUUCUGCCUAUCCUGAUGACAGGCAAACCGUGCGUCGUCAUCCUCGGCGGCGACAAUGCGCACAUGCCUGAGAAUCUGCGUCCGACCUUGGGAAUCAUCAUGAUCUUUGUUGAUGGCGUCGAUGAGACACAUUCGGAGCCAGCACCGCUGCCAGAUAGCGACUACCUGUGAGUCUACCUUGGGAUCUGUGCAGUUUCCUCGUGUUAGGUCGGUCAAAAUUAUAUUUGGAUAAACAAAUUUUCUGACAGUUG